UUUUUAUAUUGCUAUUGUUAAUGAAACACUUAGUAUUUUAAUACUUAAUAAUGUUAAGAAUCAAUUUUAGCGGGUCUUGCGAAAGUGUGAAAACCCUUUAAUAUUUCAGAAAAUAAGCAUUUUCGAAAGAAUUGUUCCGAAAGAAUUUUAGACAAUAGUUGUAGGGUUUAAAAAGAUCUAUUUACUGUGUAAUUUACCGACUUUCCGCGCGCAGAUCAGCUCGUCGGAUUCUCGGUGCUAGACCGCGAAAAUGGUUCGACGCGGUAGAAAGGAAGGUCGACGGGGCGGUUCGAGAUACGUUAGGCGAGAUAUGAUUUUGAACGUAUUGACAUAUAUUUGAUCGACGACAUGUACACGGUAAGCUAUUUACAUAUAUAUAUACACAAGUAUGCGUCCCAGCGCUAGAUUGUACAAGAGUAUAUCGGCGCAUUCUGGUGUGGGCGCGGUCUUCGGCCGGCGUGCCGCGUUUCGCAACGCGGUAAGCGUGGCCUGGCGAUACGGUUCGCGGGCUAGCCGUCGCGACGCGAUUAUCGCGGGCAGGCCGGAUUCCCGCGCGGUGUGGUGAUUUUUCGACGGAACCGUCGCAGAAUAGCCAAAUUAACAACGAUUCGAAUGUUUCAACCGUGGCUUUGGAUUGAUUGGCUGUAUUAUUUAACGCCUGCAGGAAGACAAUAUAAAUCAACACUUAAAAUAGUGCAUGAAUUUGCUAAUGAGGUGAUAAAAAAGAAAAAGCUGGAACAACAUUCAAAAACUGACCUAAUCAAACUUAAAAAUAAGGAUAAUGACAUAGGUAAGAAGAAGAAGACAACGUUUCUAGAUGUAUUAUUAGAAGAAAAUGCGAAAAACGACACUCCUAUGAGUGAUAAUGAGUUGAGAGCGCAUGUCGAUACGAUUAUGAGUGCGGGACACGGCACAACUGCAGUAGCUGUAUGUUGGACACUCUUUCUCUUAGGCAAUAAUCCCGAUCACCAGGAAAAAGUUCACGAAGAACUCGAAGAGGUUUUCAGAGAUUCAGAGACACCAGCCACUAAAGAGCAGCUGAAUGACUUAAAGUAUCUCAGCAGAGUUAUAGACGAGACGCUUCGAAUAUUUCCGAGUGCACCUACAAUCUCGAGGAAACUAAUGAAAGAAGUAAAAUUAGAUGACCAUAUUACCCUUUCCCAAAAAGAUCAUGAGGUCGUAGUGCCAAUAGUGCUUGUACAUCGAAACCCAGAGGUUUGGCCGGAUCCAUUAAAGUUUGAUCCAGAUCGCUUCCUUCCAGAGAACAAAAAUAAAAAACAGUAUGCCUACAUUCCGUUCAGCUCUGGACCGAGAAGCUGUAUAGGAAAGAAAUUUGCUCUAAUCGAACUGAAAAUCUUAGUGGUUGCUAUUCUCAGAAAAUGGAAAGUAGAGAGUGAAAAAACAAUGGACACGAUCAAAUACGGUGAAAUUAUCGUUUUGGUACCCUGCGAGAAAUUACUUAUACAUUUCGUACCCAAGAAACGAUAUCAAUUUGCCAGCAAAUAAGUAUAUGCUUUCUAUAAUUUGAUUUUUAUAACUACUGUUAUUACUCUUUUACGUAUAUGUAUUUUAUACUUACAUUUUUGCUUUUGUGGUGAAUAACUAUCCGCUUUAAUAGUUAAAUAUUAAUAUAAAAAUUUUUUUUUUAUUU